UUACUAGACGUACAAUCAGUAGUAGAACGUCUCGCUUGGAGUGAGGAGGUACUAAGUGAAUUGACUGAAAUGCAAUCCGGUUGUCCUUAGGGCUGUGCUUAGGUCGGCUCGUCGAUGAUGAAAUCGCGAGUUGGUGACGAAUUUUAGUGAAUCAGGUAUAAAUAAGCAUCGUCAAGGUGGCGACGAAAUCAGGAAGUAAGUCCCGGAAAGAAAAUAUGCUCAAGUUCCUCACUCACAAAUUGCGGACGCAUUCGAUAAACGAAGAUAAUUACGUUGAAAAGGCUGAUGAAGAUCGCGAUUCCGGGACCGAAUCCGACGAGGAAAUUGAUGACCCGGACUUACCUCUAGUGAUGUCAGAACGCAUGUGUAGCGUCUCCCCGGCAGACACCGGUUGUUCCAUGGAGAGUCCCGCACCGGACCAGCACGACCCUCACAGCUCUGAAGAAGAGCUCGAGGUGAUUAACAGUAACAAAGAGGAACGUCCCGCUCGGCCCCUCCGUGCGACGUCCGUUUGCCUGCCGGAAAAACGUAAAUGGUCUCAAGUCGGUGAUUCGUAUUCUCGCCACAAGUACACGCCAGAAAACGAAGAAAACAUGUCACAUUAUGGCAAUCUGAGUCCGUCAUCGCCGUGUUCCCCGUAUCAUAAAUGCUACGGCGAGGACGGGAUCCACAUCGAACAUUCCGGUUCUUCGGACGAAGAAGUCCAUCAUUUGCUCGCCAGUAUGGCGACACCGGUCCAAUUUCGCACCUCUCCACCUUUGGAGGCGGUCAAACCGGGGAGGAAAACCCCCAUGAACAAGGGACGAUCCAUGAGUCCACCACCCAAAUUGUUGCACUAUGAAGAGUCACCAAGGAAAAGGUCCAAGCACACCAGACACGCGCAUGUACAGAGACCUUAUUUGGACUUCGAAAAAAUGCAGCAUCUGAAAGCUCGCUCGGUGAGGACAUGGCGUCACAGCGGAGACCACGGCGGCGAGCUUUCCGUGUUUUGUUGGUGAGAGGAGCUUAAAGGGCGGUCACCGUCGCCCUGCGAACUAUCAAAAACUCCAUGCAUGAGCAGUUUACCAGCGUUAUGGCCCGAUCACUCACCAAACGAGUAAAACUGCUGUUUGGCUCGAAAUUGGUCAGUAAAUUGGGUAAUUACUGGAAAAAGUGGUGGCCUGUAAAACUUAGUGCUUGUAUUUAUGACUGUAAAUAAUUUAAAUCAAAUCACCUCAAGUUCAAUGUGGUAUAUUUAUAUGGUCUGAAUAAAAUUGGCUCUUCAAUGCACUAUACUUACAGCACAAAAAUUUUUCGAAUUACUGAAGAUUAUCGCCUGUGGAGCGGCCUUCUCACCUGUAUUUGCAUACUUUCGCCUAAUUUACCGACGAAAACACAUUUCAACAAAUUUUUGACAAUAUAUAUCCAUUUGUAUAAGCAGUGCCACAAUCUUCAGUAACAUUAAUGUUGUAAUAAUAUCAUAGUUGUAACAGUAAUAUUUAGAGGAUCGAAUUUUCAAAAAUGCAGUUGUACAACAAAUUUGGAAUGUUUCUUGUUACCAACCUCUAAUAAGAGGAACGGUAGCUCAUUAUCGAAUAAUUAAAAGUUGAUGUUUUUUUUAUAAGGUUUCCAGGCCUACAGACUAAGUUUUUUGAUUGGGAAAAUUGUAUAUUUCAUGUAUGUAUGAACAUUUUCGGUGUUUUUUCAAUGUACAAAACGUUAUUUCGGCGAAGCAUUAAAAAUUUACAAUUAAUUACGAAUUUAUAUUGUAGAUAUGAGAGCAUUUUUCGUGCAAUUUACUAAUGUUGUCGACUUUUUUGUACAUAAUUGAGAAUUUUAAAUUUGUGCAUUUAAAAAAAAUGUUACAUUAUAUAAAAACAAAAGUGUUUCGCUUUCAGUUGUUUUGUAAAUACUACCGUUGUUUUUAUAUAAUGUUGAUUAUUGCAAUGUGAAAUAUUUUUACAAAGUAGUUGAGUGUCUGUAAUAGAUUUAGUUUUGAAUUAAUGGACGAUGCGUCAUGCGACAAAUUUUAAAAGUUUUAUUUAAAAAAAAUCUGUUGCCUUUAAUUAGAUACAAAAUUAUUGUUGCGAUGCAUUUACUGCCAUUUUGGAAUUUUUCAAAAUUCACCACUUGAAUGAAACUUUUAAAAUUUGUGUGUAGUGGACCUAAACUGGGAAAUUAUUCUAAGCCAUGUUGUUGCCAUAUUACCGCUUACUGAACUUUAACACUGGCCAGGAACAGUUCGAAAACAACAAUGCUGCCGAACGAACAACUGCCCUGUUGAAGAAAAACAACAACCACAAAUGGUAACUGCCGUCAGAAGUUGUGCGGUGCAUUGGUGAAAUCAAAAUUAAUUUAAAGUGGGUGUUUGAACUUGAAAAAGAUCAUGUUUGUAACAUAGAGGUAAAGAUAGUAGGACUUUUAACAAAUUGAAAGACUUUUUUUAAAUUGUGUGUGAGUGAAUUGUGUUUUUUUAAAAUGGAAAUGUUGCGAUUUUGUAGGAAUGGAGAAACCAGAAUUUGUCAAAAAUUGUAUAAUCAAGAGUAGAUACUAUAAGGUGUGUAUAGUACAUAUAAUUUUUUUAUAUAAAACGAUCUUGUGUAGGGUAAAACUAUAUAUUAUUUAAAGAUAUUGCCCAUUUUUUGGAAACAUCAGUGUUGCACGAGUUAUUGAUUUUUUGUUGAAUUUGGGAGAUUUAUAACACUCGAAUUUUAUUUUUUGUGAUUCUGAGAUCUAUUAAGUUUUUAUCUACCUAUGAAAUGGGUAAUAAAUUACAUUUAAAAACCAGUGAUAUGUUUUAAGUAUUUCUUUGCACCAUUACGUGCAGUUGUGAGUAAACAUUAUUCUUGUGAUACAAACUAUUAAUAGCCAUAUAGAAAUCAUCAUACAAACCUUUCGUUUAGUUUCUAUAUGACUAUUUUUGCACGUUGUAAUACUUAGUUGCAAUACACAUAUUAAGUUUAACGAUUUUUUUAAUAACUAACAAAAAUUACCCAAUAAAAUAUUUUUUAUCAUCUAAAA